ACACACCAUAGACCAACUCCCCCGCUCGACAGGCGAACCACCGCGUAACGGCAGUGUUGAUGACAUUGCAACCGGUAGCAUCUUCAAGCUAACAACGUAGUCAUAAAUAGCCAGCAAUGGGCCUCCGGGUGACCUGACAGCGAAAGUCGCCGAGUUUGCGUUGAACUUGCAGAUGACAACUGACACAAAUGAUGGAUAAAAGAUAAGUGUAUGUGCCGGUGACGUCAGCCAUGUUUUGGAAGUUUGACUUGCACACAUCUUCUCACCUGGAGGCUUUACUCGACAAGGAGGAUGUCACGCUCGGUGAGCUCAUGGACGAGGAAGAUGUGUUGCAGGAAUGCAAGGCCCAGAACAGGAGACUUCUCCUGUUUGUGUGCCAGGACCAGUGCAUGCAGGAUCUGGUCCGUAUGAUUACUACAGAGCCCCCUGCUGGUGUAGAGGAGAUGAAGCGCUUCAAGUAUCCAAAUAUAGCAUGUGAGCUGUUGACUUGUGAUGUGGGAGUGAUCAAUGAUAAGCUCGGUAAUGAGGAGCCUCUGCUGGAAACUCUAUAUGCCUUCCUGGAGCAGCCAUCCCCACUUAACCCCCUCCUGGCAUCUUUCUUUAGCAAGACAAUUGGGAACCUCAUCACACGGAAGACUGAGCAGGUGAUUAGUUUCCUGCGACGGAAGGAGGGAUUCCUUUCCUUGGUCCUUAAGCAUAUUGAUACAUCAGCCAUGAUGGAUGUGCUCCUAAGACUUAUCAGCUGUGUGGAGCCACCCCCUCUUCGGCUCGAGACACUUAUUUGGCUGAAUGAAGAGAAGCUGGCCCAGAGACUCAUAGAGCUCAUUCACCCUGAGAGAGAUGAAGAGAGGCAGUCCAAUGCAUCUCAGACGUUGUGUGACAUCAUUCGUCUGAGCAGAGACCAGGCCAAUCAGCUCCAAGAGAUUUCACAGCCUGACCCUUUGCUGACUGUGCUGGAGUCGCAGGACUGUGUGGAGCAGCUGCUGCAGAAUAUGUUCUCGGCUGAGAGUACUGAGAGCUGUAUCAUCAAUGGAAUUCAAGUUCUUCUCACAUUGCUGGAAAUCAGGAGGCCUGUGGUGGAUGGUGUAAUGGAUGCUCAGGGAUUUGAGAGAAGUUACACUGUUAACAGCAGCAUUUUGUUGGCCAUCCAACCACACCUGAUACACUUUCACCAGCUACUUCUGGAGCCACCCAAGCGAAAUCCCAUGCUGACUUCGCUGGGUGUGCUGGAGGAACCGUUAGGGAACACACGUCUGCACGUAGCCAGACUGGUGGCCUCUCUGCUGUACACAAGCUCUGCUAGCCAUGCGGUCGUGGCACAGGAACUCUGCCGACUCAAUACAAUGGACCUUCUUCUGGACUUGUUCUUCAAGUAUACAUGGAACAACUUCCUGCAUCUCCAAGUGGAGCUUUGUGUUGCUGCCAUCCUCCGGCCCUGUGCCCAUGAAAUGAGACUUCAGCCUGGCUUGGGAUCCCAGGAAAAAUUCCAACCACAUCAGGAUGUUUCACAAGAGCAGGCUUUGACUGAUGCCCCUUCUGAACCUUCAGCCACCCAUGAAAACUCAGCACACAAUCUAAUGGUGACUCAUUUGUUUCAGCACUGCCACCUUGUUCAGAGGAUUCUGGAGGCUUGGGAAGAGAAUGAUAAAAUACAGUCUGAAGGUGGUAUGAGAAGAGGGUACAUGGGACAUCUGACCAGGAUUGCCAACACAGUAGUCCACAAUCUGGAGAAGGGCCCAGUUCACACACAGAUUAGUAGCCUCAUCACAGAGCUGCCGGAGGACUACAGAGGGCGCUGGGAAACCUUUGUGGACCAGACCCUGUCGGAGACGAAUAGGAAGAACACCAUAGACCUGGUUGGCACUGGCAACCCACGGCCUUCCUCAGAGGAUGAUAUGGAGAGCCCCUUCCCUAAAGAGCUGACACUACAGCAGGCCUUUUCAGACUACCAGAUCCAGCAGAUGACGGCUAACUUUGUGGAUCAGUUUGGCUUCAAUGAUGAGGAGUUUACUGAUCAUGACGACAGCAUUGGAGCAACAUUUGACCGAAUUGCAGAGAUCAGUAUCAACAUUGAUGCAGGCCAGGACACUGCUAAUACAGCUGUGUUUGAGACCUGUUCCAAGGAGAGGAUUCAGCCCUUUGAUGAUGACGAAGAGGACAUUUGGGAGGAGAAAGGGAUCAACUUUGCAACACAAACCAAGUCCCGUAACAGAUUUGGUGGGUCACGAUCACCCAAGAGCCCGGCUGUCAGUAAGGAUUGUGAUAGGACAGCAGACUCUGGCACCGAGGCCUCCGACAGAGCAGCAGACUCUGACUCUGAGGAGGGAGAGGAUCCUAAAGAUGACCUGGAUCCUUUCUCAAGCCAGGGCCCGACUGAGGCAGCAAAGAGCACUGGCUGGAUAGCAGACUUUGGGGAGGUGAACUCAAAGGCUCCUGCAGCAGGAGUUGGAUUCUCCGCUUGGGGCACUCCAGACUCCCAACCAGCUGCCACAGAGGCGGAGGAGAAAGGAUGGGCCAAGUUCACUGACUUCCAGCCUUUCUGUUGCUCUGAAACAGGCCCCAGAUGCAGCUCUCCUGUGGACUCAGAGCUCAGCGGAUCAGGCAACACUAAACCAAACCAGAACCCAUGUGUGUGGAGUGUGUGUGUGGCGAGGAAAGCUCCACUGGUGGCAUCGGACAGCUCUUCCUCCAGCAACUCAGACAGCGAUGAGGAAGAACGCAAGGCAGGGUCUGCAACCAGCGAGAUGGUCACCACAGAGACCAUCACCACGGGGGCUGGCAAGGAGACAAUUCGGCUCACCGUGGACGCCAAAAAUGAAAGGGCAGUCUUCAGCAGAGUAUUCAGACCAGCAGUCAGACGCGAAGCAGAUAAGGUGCCAGUAGAGGGACUAUCCAUCAAAGACCAGGGGAAAGGCAAUGAGAAAGAAAGCGAAAAGGGAAAGAAACACGGUGAUUGUCCCAACCCAACUACCGCCAAUCCAACUAACCAGUCGGCUGCUGUCACACAGUAAGUAGAGACGCAGCCCUCUGCUAAUGGACCGGCCUAACGAUGCAUCACAGGCACACACACACACACACUCACACACACCUGUCCAUUCUACACACAACAAUGCCACCUUUGCUUCCUGCCCUUCAAUGUCCCUUUUUGUGUCCGAAGAAUGGGAGACGCUCAGUGUUGAGGUUAAACAGCCCUUAACAGUAUGUCUGCUGAUACAACACAUAUCUACACAUAGGUACAUUGAUCUCUUCUGCACCAUCAUGACAUCAUUUCAACUGAUCCGCUUCAAAGAGGAAUGUGUUUUAAAGAACAUUUCGUCGUACAAGACCCCCCAAAGUCCAAAUUCUGUUGCAUAUGAACUAUUUCAAAAUGUGAUUUCCCCAUUGAACUUGGGAGAGUGACACUGAGUGCCAGCUGUAGUCUGGAAAUGUACCUUUUUAUUCAAUUCUGCAUCAAAUUUGAGAUGAGAUUUUUUUCUAUUUGACUGUUGACACUUUAUUUGAAUCCAAUUUUAUUUACUAAUCAGCCAAGAUGCUUGAAAAGCUAGCUGUCAUUUUCUCUUCAGCAUUUCAAUGUACAUGCAAGGCAUACACUUCAUUAGUGCAAAUGUGUGAAUUUUUCAUACAUGCUACCUACCGUACAUCAUUUCUGAAUCCAAAGUAAGAUUUCUUUGCUUUGAUCAUGUGGAACACAAAUGCUCCAUUUCUGUUCAUUUGGAGCAUCAGAUUUGGGAGCAUCAUGUGUCACUUCCUCCUCAAACCUCUGACAGAUUCAUGUAGUUCAGAGGUGUGUGUGUGUGUGUGUGUGUGUGUGCUGUUGUAUCCAUGUGUGUAAACGUGUGUAUGUGUGUUACACCUGAGGUACAGAGUGCAUUCUCAGGUCAAAGGAGAGGUAUGCCGAUACAAAGAAAGCACACCUGUGUAACACGCACGCAGUUCCAUACACACACAUGUAUAACCAAAUCUAUACACACGUGCAAAAAAAACUCCGUGAUGUGCACAUACCAAUUCAUAUCACCCUCUGAGCUGUUUAAAUGUAAUAUUGUGAUAUUUGAACCUGUAUUAGGUUGUGGCUAUUCUUGGUAAUAUGUAAACGUAAUAUAAAUGUAAACAGUAUAUAUAAACAUUAUAUCUAUUUUUGGAAUAAAUCCAACGUAUGGAAAGGCGGUUGAUUUGCAGGUUGCAACGUAUGUAUUGUAUGUGUGUGUUGUACUGUUGAAAUGAGGCAAUAAUGAUGUCUAUGUUUUGGUUAAUACCCCAGCAUCAGUUCCUGUUCCUCUGCUACACGCUUCCUACAUGGAAGUUUGGAAGUUUGGGAGUGUGUGCGUGAAUGCGAGUCGGUAGUCUGCGAACUGUGUGAACUCGGUAAUAUUUACUUAAAGGAUAAUUCCGGUUUAUUAGAACUUGGGUCUUAUUUUCAUUCAUCAGUUAUAAAUAUCAGGUUAACCAAUCUUAUAGGAAGAGAAAACAAUGGUGAACAUUAAAAAAAAAUCCCAAAACUACAACUUUUGACCUUUUCAUUUGUUGAUUUAAUACCAAUAGUUAAAAGAUAAACACAGAGCAACUAUGAAGCAAUUUCUUCAGGCAAAAAUGUUAAACAUUAACUAAUUUAUUUUAUUUUCAAACUGCAACACUUUGAGCUUUUAUAAAUUGUGAUUGACACGUUUCACUGUUUCCUGACAGUUUGUCAUGUUUAUGAAUCCAUGUAAUCAGUAAAAUACUCGUCAGAUGAACCGAUAAUGAAAAUAGUGGCAGCCAUACCAACAUUUUGGAUGAGCACACCUCAGUAAAGUUGUUUAGUUAAUCUGACUAAACUCUUGGCUUGUUUAAAACCAGUUUGAUUAUAUUUUUAUGUUAUUAACAUUUAACUUUUUAGAGUACAAUUUAAUCAUAACUGAUAGAAAUAAUGACUAAAACUACAAAAACAUGAUCCGAGUAGUAAUAAACUAUUUUCCUCUAAGUGUGCCAGACAGUCAUGCUUUACUUUAUCUUUCUCCUCGUCUCUCUCUUUCUCAUUCUCAGGGCAGGAGUUGACUUUAAUUGCAUAUAUGCUUGUGGAACGAUUUACAUAGAUUGUGGUAUUUAUUUUAAAAAGCACUUUUUCAAGAUGCACUUUUGGUUUGCAUUUAGUGGUGCACAUUAUUCCCCACUCAAUGAGGUGAGAAUGUUUGACUUGACGAGUGAAUUCUGUAGAUACUUAAGAAUACUUUUUUCUUCAAUGCUUUCUGCCAAAGUGUGUCUUCCCACCAGUGGUACAGCUGGGUUUGAUAUCUGUGAAGUAGCCUCCUUUCUUGCAAUGGUGUCACAGUUCUAGAUUUAUCUAAAGCGGUCUUUGUUUGAUCCCUCUCUCAUGUUUUUUUUAUACCAUGUGAUGGAGUUAUCAGCAGUAGGAGAGGAUUCCACAUGUCACAGAAAGACUGAAGAUUCAUCUUAGAUCACAGAUAUUUUUGCUUUUAUCCGUUCAGCACUUUGAGCUGUGUGAAGUGGAGCUGUACAGAGAGUAAGCAUUGGUUUACAUCAGGGUUAGAGGAGAAAAACAGGGCUGUUUGUUGUCAGGGUGUGUACAGGGUCAGAAUAUGUCAUCCCGUCUAUCACCAAACCUAAGCACUGCGUCUGACCCUUACUUGACCCUUACUUGUGUGUGUGUGUGUGUGUGUGUGUGUGUGUGUGUCUCCUUCACCUUGAGAGUGUGGUGUGUGCAGUGUAGUUACGGUUAUGGUGUCAUGAUAUGCAUGAGGUAUAAUACAUUCAUCUUUAAGUGCCGUUAAGUUUGCACAUCUGCCUCAUUAACCUCAUUGGGUAUGUGCUGUAUUGUACAGUGUAAGCCUAAAACUUUAAUUGAGAGACAAUGGGUAUUAAAUUGUUACUUUAUCCAAUUGUGUGUUACUUACAAUGAGGCAAUUUCUCACAUUAUAGCCGAUUACAUCUGUGUGUGUGUGUGUGUGUGUGUGGUGUGGAGGGGGGGGGGGGGGAAGUGGUGCGAAAGACAGCCGUGUUAUAAAUGACCUUUCUUUGUAAAGUGGACUGAUGCUGGUGUUCUUUUUGUUUUUCUUUUCUUUUCCUUUUUUAGGGAGUAAUGUGUCUGUUUCCUGUUGUCAAUUUAGCUUGUACAUUCAGAUAUGAACCUAAUAAAUAUGUCAGAUCAAGAA